CUCAGCUCCGAAAGUGGUGGCUCCUUUCUUUUUCUUUUCUUCUUCUGCGAAGCGAUUUAUUGGUACGGCUGUUUACGAGGAAGCCGCAUCACGGCGCGCCUUCUUCUGCUACAGAUCCUUGCCACUGCAUGGGCCGACGGACGUACACAUCAUCCACGGAUAUCGGAAACGUGCAGAUUUGAAGAGGGCUGCGGUUCUACAUCUGCGCGUCCAUUACCGGCGGCUUUCCUGCCUGAUGCUCGUCUGGCAACAGCGAAGCGGCACAUCGUACGAUCACCGCCUACAAAAGGAAGCAUCAGUCGCUUCUUCGACGAGGCUCGGUGCCGGCAUGACGCACGCAGCGUGCUUACGCCUUCUUCUGCUAGAGAGCUAUCUGUGUGAAAUUUUCAGGUUACAUCCUGUGGGGUCUCGUCAGCCCCCAUCUGGUCGACAACCGGACGCCGGCGCCUGGCGACUCCUUUUCGGUCCGCUCCGUGGCGAGGACGGCACAUUUAAAGUUUGUUGCCCGAGUGAAGACAUUGGCAGUGUCGACGGUGGACAGCCUAGGACCCCCCUCCCAGACAGCGUCGGCGCCCAAGGCCCUGCACGAACUGCGACAGAGCCAGACGGGGAGCUCCAGCGAGAGACCGCCCACGAUGGGAGACAAGAGGCUCUCGUCUGUCUGGUGCGCGGCAAGCUGGGACGACGGGCGACGGUAGAUGGGAAGUGGGGACUCUUGCGCGGGAAACGGGCCACAACGGACGUUCGCGGUGGUGGCGACCGCGACGUCGGCACGGGCGACGGCCCGGUGACAUGGACCUGACUUAGACCCCAAAUUCGACCCUCGACGGCGACGUCCACAGGAUGCAGUGUGGACUAGCACCGCAGGGACGAUCGGCAAGCAGCAAACAGUGGCGGCGCACCCCUUCCAGGCUUCCUCGAUCACCUCUCCCGAUCGCGAAAUCCUCCAGCAGAA